AUGAUAGAACUUUCGAGUUGGCGUACUUAUAAUCCAAAUACAAAGGAUACGUUGUCAGUUCGCAAUUUAUUUCCACGCGACGUUAAGUCUGCCCUAUACUAUCAAGUAAAUACGACGAAGGCUCGGAGAGCUGGGGAUACGACUCAAAUUCGAAGGACGCGGGAGUCGGCUCUCUUCCAAACGCUACUCAAUUUCCUUGGCUGCACACGCAUUCGGACGACAGCCUACCACCCCGCUGCCAACGGUAUGGUGGAACGUUUCCAUCGCCAGCUAAAGACCGCCCUGCGUGCCGUAGAAGACCCAGGAAACUGGUCGGACAACCUUCCUCUUGCACUCCUCGGCAUCCGCGCAGCUCUGAAGUCGGAUCUGGGCUGUAGCGCAGCCGAAUUGGUUUUCGGCACUACCCUCCGACUGCCAGGCGAGAUGAUCACCCCAACCUCUCGUGGAGCCGACGAGACUCCUGACAAUCAUGUGCACCGUUUGCGACAAUUUAUGCGCUCGCUUUCCCCGGUUCCACCUCGAGCUCCAAUGACUGAGUCUUAUGUCGAAAAAGACUUGGACAAAUGUACUCAUGUGUUCGUCCGGUGUGACCGUGUGCGCCAGCCGCUGGAAUCACCAUAUGAAGGACCGUUCCGCGUGCUCGCGCGCAACACCAAGACCUUCAGAAUCCUUCGCAAUGACAAGGAGGACGUGGUCAGUGUCGAUCGGGUCAAGGCUGCUGUUGCGGAGGAGCCGCCGGACCUGUCACAAGGACAAACAUGUGCUGACCCCCUAACCCCUGUUCCUCCAUCUUCCCUAUCCCCUACUCGUUCACCCUGCCCACUGCCUUGCCCUUCCCCUCCCUUGCCCUCUACCCCUCCGUCCCGCUUACUUCCUCUCCCUACAUGUCAACAGCAUCCAACUGCAACACCAUCGUCCACCACAGCACGCAGUCAACCCUCUUCGACUGUACCUCCUGCAUACAUAACUCGCAGUGGCCGUCACGUUCAUUUUCCUGAUCGUUUAGUUACCCAUUUUUCUAGACUUGUGCAUAUCCUCCGGCGCCGUAUCCCGUCGCCCUCCGGUCUAGAAGGGGGGGUACUGUGGUGA